AUACAUUUUGGUAUUUAAACUAUUUUAGCAACUGGUAACACUAUUCGACACCGGUGCCAUCAAUUUGGGUCAAUUUAAAAGGAACUAUGUUUUUGCAUAACACAAAGUUUUGCAGACUGGCAAGUGGUCUGGCAGGAGGAGUGCGCAACCUGAGCGGCCAAAAACCGAAGACCGCGAUCCUAAUGCUGAACAUGGGCGGUCCGACCCACACGGACCAGGUGCAUGACUACCUCCUGCGUAUUAUGACCGACCGGGACAUGAUCCAGCUGCCGGUGCAGAGCCGUCUUGGUCCGUGGAUCGCCCAGCGCAGGACGCCCGAGGUACAGAAGAAGUACAAGGAGAUCGGCGGUGGUUCACCGAUUCUUAAGUGGACCGAGCUGCAGGGCCAGCUCAUGUGCGAGCAGUUGGACAGAAUCUCCCCGGAGACAGCACCUCACAAGCACUACGUCGGUUUCCGCUACGUGAAUCCCCUCACUGAGAACACGCUGGCCGAGAUCGAAAAGGACAAACCAGAGCGCGUUGUACUCUUUUCACAAUAUCCACAGUACAGCUGCGCCACCUCCGGAUCCAGCUUUAACUCCAUAUUUACUCAUUAUCGGAGCAAUAAUCUGCCCUCGGAUAUCAAAUGGAGCAUUAUCGACAGGUGGGGCACUCAUCCACUUCUAAUCAAAACGUUUGCCCAGCGAAUUCGCGACGAGCUGGCCAAAUUUGUGGAAACGAAACGAAAUGAUGUGGUCAUCCUCUUCACUGCCCACUCCCUUCCCCUUAAGGCUGUGAACCGGGGUGACGCGUAUCCCUCGGAGAUUGGUGCUAGCGUACACAUGGUGAUGCAGGAACUUGGUCAGACGAAUCCCUACAGCCUGGCAUGGCAAUCCAAGGUGGGCCCGCUACCCUGGCUGGCGCCCGCAACUGAUGAUGCCAUUAAGGUGUAACUUUAAUGCCGGAUUUCCAUUCCCAUCCACUAAAACCAAUCCCAUCUUUACAGGGCUAUGUUAAGCAAGGCCUGAAGAACUUCAUCCUUGUGCCCAUUGCCUUCGUGAACGAGCACAUCGAGACGCUGCAUGAGCUCGACAUCGAGUACUGCGACGAACUGGCCAAGGAGGUAGGCGUAGAGGAAAUCCGUCGAGCUGCAACCCCCAACGACCACCCGCUGUUCAUCGACGCCCUGACAAACGUUGUGGCAGACCACCUGAAGUCCCAGCAGGCAGUCAACCCCAAGUUCCUCAUGCGUUGUCCCAUGUGCUCCAAUCCAAAGUGCAGGGAGAGCAAAAGCUGGUACCGCCAGCUCUGCUCGAACUAAGCAACCAAGUCAACUUGCGGGGGUGGGUAGCACUGCGUGACAAGCGUUUCAAGUGCUGCAGCUGGAGGAGAACAUUUAUGCAUUCAUUUGGGUUUCUGGGGGAUUGGUUUUCACAUACUGGUGUUUAUUUCUUUCCGCUUUAAUUAAAGUCUCUGUUGAACAGUAU